CAGGACAACUGCUGGGAUCUUACACACAAUAACACAACUUCCAACCAAUCAGCUUUAUCAGAACUUUCUUGAUUCGAAAAACAAAGAUGGAUUCCAAGAUGCAAUGCAACAUGAGCAAGCAGUGGACCCCCAAGAUGCCCAAGGGGAUCGACUUGGAGUAUUCCCAUCAUCCUCUUACUAUGAGGCGCGUUGUGAACCUCAUCAUUGCCAUAGAGAAGCUGAAGAGCGGUGCGUCAGAGUCGCUGCUGAGCACCGAGUUUAGGGAUGAAAACCUGCUGAACAUGAUGAUGGAGAGCAUUGUGGAAGAGCAAGUCGUGUUUGAGCGUGGUUCAGCUCCACCAAAUCAGUUUAGCAGGACGGGCAUGCACCAAUGCAGCGUGACUGACAUCGAGAAAAGGAGCUUAGUUCUGGUCCAAAACAGCAUGGAGCUCCAUGCAGUGAUGCUGCAGGGAGGUGCAGACAACCGCAAAGUUCAACUGAACAUGUCGACCUAUGUUAACCCUGCACCCAGCACCGAGGCCAGAACUGUAGCUCUGGGCAUCAAGGACACAAAUCUCUACCUGACCUGCCACAAGGACGGUGAUGAGGCAACCUUGCAUCUAGAGGAGGUAGAGGACAAGGACAGUCUACUAAGCAUCAGCUCCGACAGCGACAUGGUUCGGUUUCUCUUCUACAAACAGGACACCGGACUGAACAUCAGCACCCUGGUGUCUGUCCCUUACAGCGACUGGUACAUCAGCACAGAAAAAGAAAACAAUAAGCCAGUCGAAAUGUGCCUGGAGAGUGCCCAACGCUACAGAACCUUCAAAAUCCAGCGUCAGAGUUAAAACCUGUCAAAGAUACCCAACAUGAUGAAUGAUUCUCAUGUUGGUGAAGGUUGAUCCUUUCACAAACUGAGCUCAGGUGUGAAAAAGGUCUUAAAAUGUGCUAUACCACUGCAUUACAGAAAUUAAUAGUCUGCUUUUAAAAAGGCAAAUGUCUCAUGAGAAUAUCUUUUUACUGUUUGUACCAAGUACAGACAGUAAAAUGCUUAAUGUAUUGACCUAGUCAAGUUCCACCACACGGUGGCAUUGUUGUGCUUUCUUUUGAGCACCCUUCAUAUUUAUUGCGCUGUAUUACAAUAACACAGUGUAAGUGCUGUUAUCUAUCAAUCUAUUUAUGCAGCACAACCUUUAAGCAUUAAUAUUUAUUUGGAUGUCUGCUUAUUUUAACUAUUUAAAUGAUGUGUAAUUGAUAUUAAAUAAACUCUUAAAAUUCA